AAUCCUGGUCUCCUUCAGGUGGGUUUUGAAGAACUCGUGGUUGUCACGGCAACAUCGGGGCACAGCAAAGCCACCCCGCCUCAGCAGCCAAUCAAAGGUCAGAGGAGGAGCCGAGCAUGUCUCCAUGCCCCCAGACAGUGGGCGGGGCGUCCUGCUGCAGUAGCCAAUCCUGGACCAGGAUGCAUGGAGAGGGCGGAGCUCAACACCACUCUGGCUCUGAAGGCAGAGCUUCAGUCCCUGCAGGGGGCGGAGUUUAACUCCCAGAAGGCCGUUCAGGAGACUCUACGGAUGUCUGAGAGGACCAAAAACCUGAUCAACACCAGAGCUACUGAAGAAGUGAAUGUCUCUAGGUCUCAGCUUCUCUUCACCUCAUUGGUCAGUGUGGACGUGCAGGAGGAUCAGCUGAUCAGCCAGCUGCUGCAGCCUCGGCUCCCCCCCCACUCCCCCCCCCGCCGUGGCAACCAGGAAGCAGAUGGCCCCUCCCUUCUCCUCUUCAUGACCUCUGACCUCCUCAGGCAGAAGCCCCUCCCACUAGAGGAGGAACAUGUCAACUACAAGCCCCGCCCCUCGCCACGCCCUGCCCACUCAACCUUUGACCUCUACAAAAGACGGAGGGGUUUAGAAGUUACGCUCUGACCUC